UCAUGGGGAGAGUCUGGCAGUGAUACUGAUGCUGAGGCUGUGUCUAGGAGAUUUAAUUCAGGCAGUUGAGCUGAGAGGACCACACCAGACUCCAAGGGAAAGAAAAUACCUCAAUCUGUGGCCGUUUGUCUUAAAUUAAAGCAGAACCAAAAGUUGCUCAUCAUGACUCUGGCAGCCUAUAAAGACAAGAUCAAGGAGCUCCCUCUAGUGUCUCUUUUCUGCUCCUGUUUUCUCUCUGAUCCUUUGAAAAACCAAAAUUACAAAUAUGACGACACUGUAGACCUUACAUGGUGUGUGAUCUCGGACAUGGAGGUUAUAGAAUUAAAUAAGAGAGCCUCUGGCCAUGCCUUUGAAGUUAUCCUUAAGCCCCCUUCAUUCGAUGGAAUUCCAGAGUUCAAUGCCUCUCUCCCACAACGGCGAGAUCCGUCUCUAGAAGAGAUCCAGAAGAAACUUGAAGCUGCGGAAGAAAGGCGCAAGUACCAAGAAGCUGAGCUUCUCAAGCACUUAGCCGAAAAGCGUGAACAUGAGCGUGAAGUCAUUCAGAAAGCCAUUGAGGAGAACAACAACUUCAUCAAAAUGGCCAAGGAGAAACUAGCACAACGAAUGGAGCUCAACAAGGAGAACCGUGAAGCCCACCUAGCCGCCAUGCUCGAACGCCUACAGGAGAAGGUUAGUUAGAAGUGGACAAACAUGCAGAGGAAGUCAGAAAAAACAAAGAGCUUAAAGAAGAAGCCUCCAGGUAGAAGAUUGAGGCUCUGACAAUUUGGACUGAGGACUCCAAAGGGUGCCUGAGCGGCCCAGCACAAUGUUUUGCUUUAUAUGUUUGUCAAUGUCAAGAGAUGACCCAUCAUUUUUUGGAAAAUGAUAUAAUGGUGGGUUGGUGUAAAGGGAGUGUUUGGCUAUCUCAUCCAAAACAUGUCCUAGAAAGUCGUACCCAUGAACCUAGCCUUUCGACCUAAUCUCCAUGUCAAACCAAGUACGAGCAGUUCAUUAAGAGCCGGCAAGACAGCUUCGCUCUGAUCGGAAACGCGCUUGUGGUUUUCUCCUCCACUAGCGCAAAUGAACCAACUGUGCCCGAUAUCUGCUAUAGACAACUCUGUUAAAUGGCACUGAUUUUAUAUGUUUACCAUUAUCUCAUCAAUACACACCAUUUUCAGGUUA